AUGAGCGAGAGUAAAAAGAACAACGGCAUAAACCACGCGUCUUCGUCGAGACGAGAGUCCAUGACGAGUUUAUUCUCCGAGGAAGACGAGGACGAACACCGAGAUGAAUCAAAAUCACAACUGGAACUGAAAUACCACGUGGCACAAAAUCAGUUUUUACGCUCGAACGUCAUCCGAGAACAACCUUCUUCUUCUUCUUCUUCUUCUUCUUCGAAAGAUAUACAUGGAACGUAUAAAAUAGCCGUGGUUGGGUACGGACACGUGUAUGAGGAUUUGGACGAGGAUGGUGAGAGUACUAAAGUGAAAGAGAAUGUGAAUAUAUCCAUGGACAAAGACAAACACGGCUAUCGCUACGAUUCCGUGGCGUUGACGAACGGUUUAAUCGAAAACGGCAUCUACGCCGUACGAGUGGAUUAUAAGCCUCGAGAACACGACGCGUUCAAACAAUACGUGAUAGAGGAAAAGUUUGACGCGAUUUUAGUGAGGAUUAACCCCGGUCAAAUCACGCCGCAUUCAAAUCAGGAGAGGUUCGACGACCUCAUGGAGGAGUUGGAAAAUAAAACGGAUAUUUUAAUCUUCGGGAACAAGGCGAGUUUACGAAACAUGGGAUCGAAAAUCGCGCUGGUGAAAAUACGCAAGUUAGCGUGCGGGUUGAGAGAUACGCGGGCGUAUUACACGAAGAAAGAGAUGGAGAGAGGAUUGAAGAAAGGGUUGAAAGUGUGGCCGAGAGUUUUGAAACAAAAUCGAGGGUCGACCGGGUGCGGGAUUUGGUUGGUGUGGUUGAAAGGGAAGCACGAUCGGAUCAUGAACAUGAAUAAGAUAGAAGAUAGCGAUAACAAUAAUACGAGCAGCAGUAAUAGUAGUAGUGGUAGUGGUAGUGGUAGUAGAGAAGAAGAAGAACGAAAGAAGAACGACGACGGGGAGGAGGAAUUCGAAAUCGGCGACGAUACGAUAGUCGUCUGUCAAGAGAUGAACGAUAACCACAUCGAAGAGCACACGUUUAAAGAGUUGGUGGCGUUUUGCGCGUGCGGGAAAAACCACCCGGACGCGGGCGGAAACUGGACGUCCGUUUCGGACGGGAACUAUUUACAGCAGCAGAACGACGACGAAAACGAAGACGACGACAAAGUAGACAAACAAAGUCAACUUCUCAAAGGCGCUUUCGUCGUCGACCAACGCUUACUCCCUCGAAUCAGCGAAGGCGAAAUACGCAUGGUAUUUGUCAAAGACGAGUUAUUCGAAAUCAUUCAUAAGAAACCAGUCGGCGAGAACGGCCGUUCCGCGGUUGCCUGGAACAACAAGACGACGUUUUACAAACCGGAAGAACCGUUGUUUCGAGAUUUGACCGAGAAGUUUCUCAAGAACGAUAUUCAACGCAUCGCGAGGAAGUUAAACUUGGCGUAUAACGCGUUACCUUUGUUAUGGACGGCGGAUUUUAUCCCCAUGGAUGACGACGACGAAGAAGAAGAAGAAGAACGCGACGAACAAUUCGAGAAAGAAGAACAGAACAAAAAAGAUGUCAACAACAGGAAAACAAAAACGCGAUACAUCCUCGGCGAAUUCAACUGUUCCUGCGUCGGCUUGACCAAAUUCCGCGCCGCGUGCGGCCCGGACAAAGACAUGUCCGACGUCUCCGACCAAGACUACUUCGAUGGCGCUAAACUGUGCGACUUGAUUGGCAAAAGGUGCAAAUUGCGCUUGGACGAACACAAAGAAGGUUUGAAACGGAAAGCGAUGGUCAAUCGAAUCGCGUGGGGGACGAUACUCGGUUUCGUCGGUUUCGUCGCGUUGUUAUCGUCAAAAUCGUCGUCGUCUUCCGGACAAAAAGUAGGAGGAAUUAAAGGCGUCGACAAAAACUCGAACAAAAACGAUAGAAGAAGAAGAAAACCUUAA